CCCCUGUCGGAAGGGGCGAUAUUUCCGUGGGAUCGGCGCUGGGGAUCGGGUAGCAGGAGCUGAUCGGGCCGGGCCGGUCUCAGUCCGGUUGAGGGAUAGGUGGCUUGUAUGUCAAAGACCCCGGCCGGGUUAGCCUGCGUGCCCCAGCGCUGCUCCUGGGUGGGAGAUGCGAGGGAGCGGGACUAUGUCGACCAGCUCCACAGACGCCCGGCUGGAGUGAGCGCUGUGAGCGGGGCGAUCGGGAGCCGGUCCGGGAGGAAGGAAGGAGGCUCGGGAUCUGGAGAGGGGGCUGGCUGAGGAACCAUGGCCGAUGUCGGAACUGCCACCAUCACCACCAGGAUUAAAAAGCUGCUACGCUCUCCUUCGCUCAAACUGCGGAGGAGCAAACACCACGGCGCCGGGAAGAAUAUCACAGACAAGGUGAUUUUGGAGAAGGUUCUGGGCAUCACGGUCUCUGGAAGCAGUGGGCUUGCAUGUGACUCGAAGACAGGGUUGGUGGCCUACCCAUCAGGGUGUGUUGUAGUGCUUUUUAAUCCAAAGAAGACCAAGCAACACCAUAUACUGAAUGGGUCAAGGAAAACUAUCACAGCAGUGGCCUUCUCUCCAGAUGGGAAGUACCUGGUCACAGGAGAGAGUGGGCACAUGCCCGCCGUUCGAGUCUGGGAUGUCGUUGAUAAGACCCAGGUGGCAGAGAUCCAGGAGCACAAGUACGGAGUGGCCUGCGUGGCUUUCUCACCGAAUGCCAAGUACAUUGUUUCUGUGGGAUACCAGCAUGACAUGAUCGUCAAUGUUUGGGCAUGGAAGAAAAAUGUUGUUGUGGCAGCCAACAAGGUAUCGAGUAAGGUGACUGCCGUGUCCUUCUCUGAGGACAGCAGUUACUUUGUCACCGCUGGCAACAGGCAUGUCAAGUUCUGGUAUCUGGAUGCAUCCAAAGCCUCUAAGGUGAAUGCCACGGUGCCGCUGCUGGGCCGCUCGGGUCUGCUGGGCGAGCUGCGCAACAACUUCUUCAGCGACGUGGCCUGUGGGCGCAGCAGGAAGGCCGAGAGCACCUUCUGCAUCACCAGCUCUGGCCUCCUGUGUGAGUUCAACGAGAAGAGGCUUCUGGAUAAGUGGGUGGAGCUGAGGAACACAGAUAACACCGCAACCACAAUGGCCAAUUGCUUGUCAGUCAAUGAGGAUUUCAUCUUCUGUGGCUGUGCAGAUGGGACAGUACGGCUGUUCAACCCCGCCAACCUUCACUUCAUUGCCACCAUGCCCAGGCCCCACUACCUAGGCAUGGACAUUGCAGCUGCCACAGAACCAAGCCAUCUGUUCACAAACAGAGCAGAUGCCAAGUACCCAGACACCAUCGCACUGACCUUCGACCCCACGAACCGCUGGCUAUCGUGUGUGUACAAUGACCACAGUCUGUACGUGUGGGACGUGAAGGACAUUAAGAAAGUUGGGAAAGUGUACUCUGCCCUCUACCAUGCAUCCUGUGUCUGGAGUGUGGAGGUUUAUCCAGAGGUUGAGGACAGUAAUCGGGCAUGCUUACCACCGUGCUCCUUCAUCACCUGCUCAUCCGACAACACCCUCCGACUCUGGAACACUGAGAGCUCAAGCACCCACGGAACCUCGCUGCAUCGGAACAUGAUAAGCAACGAUUUGCUGAAGAUUCUCUACAUGGACUCCAACACGUUGACAUUGCUGGAUGUGGAGAACUGUUCUGUGGGAGGUUCAGAUAAGCAGGAUUCCCAAGCUACUGACCUGAAGACAGGGAUCAGGACACUGUGCGUGAGUCCUGAUGGACAGCACGUGGCAUCUGGUGACCGGGUGGGGACUCUCAGGGUCCAUGAUCUCCAGCUGCUCAGAGAGCUCCUUCAGGUUGAAGCCCAUGACUCUGAGAUUCUGUGCCUCGAGUAUUCCAAGCCAGAGACUGGCAUGAAGUUGCUGGCAUCUGCUAGCCGGGACCGACUGAUCCAUGUGUUGGAUGCAGAAAAUGACUACAGCCUGCUCCAGACCUUGGAUGAACAUUCCUCCUCCAUCACGGCCGUCAAGUUUACAGCUAAUGGUGGGAGUGUCAGGAUGAUCACCUGUGGUGCAGACAAGAGCAUUUACUUCCGGACAGCACAGAAGUCUAGUGAAGGCACGCAGUUCACCCGAACUCACCAUGUAGUUCGAAAGACGACUUUAUAUGACAUGGAUGUGGAUUCCACGCGGAAGUAUGCUGCCGUUGGAUGCCAGGACAGGAGCAUUCGAAUAUUUAACAUUAGCAAUGGGAAACAGAAGAAACUGUACAAGGGAUCUCAGGGAGAAGAUGGAACGCUGAUCAAGGUUCAGAUUGAUCCAUCCGGGCUGUACAUCGCAACCAGCUGCUCUGAUAAGAACCUCUCCAUCUUUGACUUCUACUCAGGCGAGUGUGUCGCCACCAUGUUUGGACACUCAGAGGUUGUUACAGGAAUGAAGUUCACCAAUGACUGUAAACAUCUAAUCUCUGUGUCAGGAGACAGUUGUAUCUUCAUCUGGCGGCUGAGCUCGGAACUGACAAUUAACAUGAGGCAGAGGCUGGCUGAAACCAAACAGAAGGAGAAAAAGCAAACCAAGACCCCCCCACGGAAACAUUCCACCCCAAGCAGAAGAGAAACAUUUGAUGUGGCUGCUCAGACUGCCAUGUCCUCUGAUAGUGAGAAGGAAGCUGAAGAGGAUGCAAAUGAGGAUGAAGAAGGUCAUUGUGAAGGUUCAAGACACAUUACACCAAAACGAGGCCUCACAGAUGGAGGGAACGAUAUCUCCACAGGCAGGCAAUACACUGGGAGUGUGAAGAGUCUGUACCACUGGGACAAUGGGAAGACGGAAGACCUGCCAAAGAGACUGGAUUUGGUUAACGAUCAUGUCCCCCGGCCUCGGGGCCGCUGGUCCCACCGCGUCAACAACCUGGACCUGAGCGUGAAGUCGAUGCUCGACCUGCGACACUUGGACUCCUUCUCCUACUCGCCAUCAAUGAACUCUGUCUCCCAGGUGGGAGCCCCGCCACCCAGGGGCAGUGUGUGUGGCCUCCCCACUGGAAAUGAGCACAGGCUGCGGGUCAGCAUUGAAACGCUGCUGAGUGAUAUAGAGGAGCAGGAGUCGACGCACGCACAGAACUCUUCCUUUGUUAGGCCCAGCAGCAUCACACUGCCGUUGCAUGAGGAUGGUGUUUUCAGCCAGGAUCUGGAGACACCAGAGGUUGAAGAGUGUGUCAUAUACCCAGUACACACGGAGAGUGUUGGCGAGACUGAGAGUGAGUACCAGGUGAAGGAGUUGCAGCAAGCGAUGCAGGAGAAGGAUUACCGUAGCCACAGCCUGGUGGAGAAGCACAGUCCAGACAGUGCCUGUUCCGUGGAUUAUUCCAGCAGCCACUUCUCCAGCCCAGAACAUCCACAUGAAGAUUCCGAAUGUACGGAGCCUCUGAGUGUGGAUGGGAUCUCCUCCGACAUGGAAGAGGAAGAGGAUGAGCUCAGCAGGAGCUUCCCACGGGAGACAAUUGUGCCAAGAACCCCAGAUCAGGAAAAGUUCCUGAAGCAGCAUUUUGGGACCCUGGCAGAUGAGAGUAUUGGAGUGAAAGCUGACCACCAGCUGGAGAAACCAAAGUCACCAUCUAUGAGAGACACUGAAGAACUGCUAAACCCUCGGCUCAGCAUUUCUGCGAGAUUCCUCUCUCGAUCGUUGACAUCGAGUUUCAGGAACUCGCCAACUCAUACUUCCAAGUUCUUUCAGAAUGGCGAGGUAGGAGUCACUCAGUUGACAUUUCCUACCUCAGAGCAGGAAGGGAAGGAGGUCUCCACAGUGAAGAGGGAGAGCAGCAAGCAUGAGGUCCAGAAGCCAGAGGAAGCUGUAAAAUACCAAAAUGAUGAUCAGAAACAACCAGAUGAACCUACAGCAAAACCGUUUUCAGUGUUGAAUUCAGCCCCAGGUAAACCUGCAGUGAAAACCUCACCCAGAACGGAAUCCGGUAUUGUUCCAGCGUCUGUCAGAGCAACAUACACCCAGAGGAAACGAAACCUGGCUCUGGAGACACGGAAGGUGUCAGUGGCAUCAGUGAAAGAGCAGUCAUCCUCAGCACUUCCUAGUCCAGCUGUGUCACCAAGUCCAUCCAUCAGAAAGUCCCAAUCUGUCCAUGACUUGAUUCAUGAAGUUUACGUAGCCAGUGCAACAUCUGCUAUGGCCACAUCUGCAAAGCUGCAUCCUCACUCAGUGACCAUCCCUGAGAAGGACGCCAGAACCAACCAGCGAAGGGCCAUGCCCCCUGCAUCCAGCAAAUCGGAUGCUCCGUCAUCAGCACUGGCAAAGGAGAGCGCUCAGGGAAAGGGCACGAAACAGAAAUCCUACAUGAACCCAACUACCAGCUCCAUAGCCAAAAUGUCCCGCAGUGUUUCAAUGGGAGAGAGCCUGAACUUCACUGGGAAUGGUGAGGAUCCAUCAAUUGUGGAAAGCAGUGCCAGUGGACAACCUCUGGAAUUGUCACCCAGAACUUCGCCUUUGGUUAACACGGACAUUGUGAAUGAAAUAUCUCACAAACAGGAGGUGACGAAACAGAACUGGAGAGAGGCCACAAGCUCCAAGCCAUUGUUGCAACAGCCUGCAAGUUCAGCAGUGUCCCCUACUAAUAACUCUCAGCCUAAACUAACUCUUGGCACAAGGGCUAACUUAUUCCUCGAUCUCCCUAAAUCGCUGCCUGACAGACCCUCCUUGACUUCUUUCUCACCACCAAUCAAGUUGAAGGCUUCCUGUGUAACAGAGUCCUUCAGGCUGCCGGAUUUACCAGGAGGUGCAAAAUGGAGGUCCUCGCUGGGCGAUGGGCCUGACAUGCAUAGAGACUUCCAGGAAAAAAAGGGAGACAGUGCUUCCACACCCGGACAGGAGGCAGUUGCUCCCUCAACACCACAGCCCUCAGCUCAAGGUCCCCAUGAGAUGCAAGUUGUUAAAUGCCCUCGUCAGCCAGGAUCUUCUCAUUGUCCAUCUGCAUCCAGGUGUGGCAGGUUGCAGAAAGAAGCCUUGGACUCUUUGCCCAAAUUUCCAGCAGCAAGUGGCCAGGCUGUACCUACAGCCACAACAGCAACCCUUCCUUCUUUACCUGAGAAGACUUUUGCAAAGGAGCCAGGUCCAACAGUCAGUGUUCAGAGCUGUAAACUCCUUGUGAGUGAGCUGCAGAGUUGUCUACAGAGAGCCCUGAACCUAUACCGUAUGGUAACCAGUGACAAAGACCCCUCAGCCGAGAGCUGCCAGAUCAAUGCCGUUCUCUCUGAAACAUUUUCCUCUGUGAGGAAGGAAUUGGACUGUCUUCAGCAGCCAGGCUCAGGCCCCGAGCUAUCUCCCCAGGGGCUAGGCCGCACGUCUAACCAGGCCGGUAAUCCCCCAGUGAGGGGGGAGGGAUUUGAAGACAACAAGACGCUGGCUCUGCUGGAACAGUACUCGGAACUCUUACUGCAGGCUGUGGAGCGAAGGAUGGACCAGAAGCUACCGGCAGGAAGGGAAGAUGCGGAACCAUGAAGCAUACAGUACACAGUGCAAUCAUCGGCUUGCUCCUAACCCCUCCCCAACCCCACCAACAAAACACACAAUAUUUUCACUGGACCACCCUCCCAGCUGCGCCUGAUCCCAAACAACCUUGGCCCGCUGUCUCAGUUGACCAUGGGACAUCAUUAUGGCCAUCCUUCCUACUUUGAUUUGCCGAUUUGUUUCCUGUGCUUCUGACCCCUGUGAUGUAGGAUGUAGGGGCAGAGUUAGUGAUGUGUCUGCAGUGCCCAUUACUGGACUGUCCCCGCACAGACCCCUCCUUUUCCAGUAGUAGGCAGCUGGAGCCUGGAGAGUGAGGGGAAGAGGCCCCACCUCAACCUGCUGGAAUGGGUGGGAGUGCUGGCGAUCCUUGGGCAUGGGGGAGAUCUGUUUUACCAUCACCCAGUGAGAAUGAACUGUAACAGCAGGUGCCACUCCUGUGGGAAGACCGGGAUGAUGCAGCCCAUGUGUUGUCUCCCUGAGCCUUGGGAUAAGAUCCAAGGGUUAGGUGCUGUGGGAGCCUCUCCAUACCCAAUUUCCCUUCUGGAUCCCAUCUGCUCUCCUCUUACCUUUGUUUCCAGUCCUCUUGCAUUCCCUGUAUUUUCUUCAUGUCAUCUUCCUCUCUCCGGGUGUUCCUCAGGCUCCCCUACUUGAGCAUCAGUCUGGAAUAGUGGUUGCUGUCGGUGAAACUAAAAUCUUAAGGAGGGAGUCUGAAAUGAACAGAGCAGCCAAGACUUUAACAGACUAACUGCAGCCACCAAAACUUUGCUGACAUUCCCUUUAAGGAGGGGGAAGAAAUCUGAUGAAGCCAUGUGUGCUUGACACUCUCCUUACAACCUCUGACAAUAAUGCACAUUCCUGUCGGACUGACCAUUGUCCCAUACCUACACUUCCCCAUUCCCUUGUUGCGGUGGAAACAAAGGGUUGAACAUGUGAAAGUAAUGUCUUAUUUACCAAAACACUGAUGUUUUCUUAUAGAAAUAUCUUGCUGAAAUGAGAAUGAAACUGGUGAAGGAUUUCCUCAGCACUAGAAUGAUGUGCUGGGAUGAUCCCCAUCUACUCUACGCCCUGUGAGAGAUGCUUCUUGGUCACUCCGGCCUGAACUUCAAGCCCCUCAGAUAGAUUCACCCUGAAUUGUACCCCCCAUGAGAUUCCAGCCCCUCUAACACUUUCCCCUGAAGUUAUUGCUCUGUCAUAUUCCCCAAGGAUUGAUUUCCUCAUCAUUUUCUCUCAUUCAACAGCCCAACACACUGCUCCUGAAUUCACUGCUGAAUCGUUCCCCUGAAUUCACACUCUUCCACAUUUCCCUGAAUUCAUCCUCCUCCAUGUUCCCCCUGAAUUCAACUUCCUCCACAAUCCCCCUGAGUUCACCCUCUUCCACAAUCCCCUGAAUUCACCCACAUUCCCUCUGAAUUCACCCUCCUCCACAAUCCCCCUCGAAUUCACCCUCCUCCACCUUCCCCUAAUCUGUAUCUGGCUGUAAUCAGAUUCUGUGGGGGGAGCUGAGUGAUGUGAAUUCAGUACCAGGUGAAGGAUACAGGUAUCAUUUGUGACAUCCCUUUGGAUACUGCAGCAGAACGGGAAACUGCAGUGGUGCGAUCUACGUUUGAUCAAUGGAGCGCAAUAACGCAGCAAACUAAUGCCAUUGAAUUGGCCUCUGCAGUCCUUCUGGGAUGGAUUUGCUUCUUUUAAUCUACAGUAUAGACUGGAACUCAGAAACUGGACAGGAGCACGAGAACAGGAGAAAAUCUCUUCCGCCCUGGAUAGAAACCUCAGAUUAUGGAUGGGAACUCUCAAGCCCUGGACAGGAACAUUGAGUAUGUACAGGAAGUCUCCAAUCCUGACAGGAACCUUAGACCACAGACAGUAACCUUAGACCAUGGACAAUAACUCUUAAGCUCUGGACAGGAACCACGAGAAUGGACAGGGACAUUCAAACUCCAGACAGGAAUCCGAGAAUGUGAACAGGAAUCCUCUUACCCAAACCUCGGUAAAAAGGAAACCUUUUCUAAGGACAAAGUAUUUCAUAGUGUUCAGUACAUUCCUGAUGGCAGGAGUCUUAUUUCUUAGCUUUUCCUGACCUUUUGGUAUCUCCUUGCACCCCAUGCUCUCUCAAGAGGAUGAUGACUGCAAAACAUUACCACAUCCAUUAAGAGAGAGCUUCAUUUUUCUACAAGAAAUGAAUCCCCAAUGUUUUCCAGUGUCUGAUCAGAAGUGUGAGGUCCCUGCGCAGAGACAGGUCGCAGAGACUUGUGAUUGAAUGAGCAUGCACCUGGUUGUCGGAAUCCCUCUACUGAGAUCACUGGCAGCUGUUGCCCCCAGUACAAGAAACGUCAAUUAAAGUGACCAGAGUUGAGAAUAAGACAAAACCUUUUGUCCUUUUUGUAAAAAUUUUUUUUUUAAAUAACUUUUUAAAAAAACUUUGCAGUACGCAGAGACUUUGUACGAAUGAUCAGAGAAACUGCAUGAUUUUGGAGAAGUGUUUCAAGUAUUAAAAACUGCCUUACCUACUCCAUUUGCUGUGCAUGUGAAGAAGUCACAUCAGGUGAUGCGGAGCCAUGGAUAUCUGGAAGGUGCCAGGUUUGACUCUCGGAUCCCAGCUGGGCAGAGGCAGAGAGUGGCAUUGGCCUCUGAUUUGCCAGGCUGGGAAAAGAGACAGGUCGAUGCGUGCUAGGGAGUGGUGCAUGUUAAUGCGAGGGCUGAGCACACCCUCAGCCACAAGGGAAUUAGUCCAACCACUGUUAGGGCUUACGUGUGAAGAAUGGAUACGAGGCGGUCAGCAGCUACAGAACCAGCAAAUUUUUGCCUGUUUUGUGAAGUUCAAUGCGAUCUCAGUUACAAUAGUAGUGAGUCUGCCUGGGGUGGUUGGGCAUCCACCCUCAGGUACCAGUAGAGUUGGUGUGUUCUCUCUCAGGUACCAGCAGAGUUGGUGCCUUCUCUCUCAGGAACCAGUAGAGUUGGCACCUUCUCUCUCAGGAACCAGUAGAGUUGGUGCCUUCUCUCUCAGGUACCAGCAGAGUCAGUACCUUCUCUCACGAUUACCAGCAGAGUUGGCGCCUUCUCUCAUGAUUACCAGCAGAGUUGGCGCCUUCUCCUGGAGGUACCAGCAGAGUUAGUAUGUUCUCAUGAUUACUAGCAGAGUUGGCACCUUCUCCUGGAGGUACCAGUAGAGUUGGGACCUUCUCUCUUAAUUACUAGUAAAAUUGGUGCCUUCUCCCUCAGAUACCAGUAGAGAUGGUGCCUUCUCUCUUGAUUACCAGUCGGCUUUGUAUUUUCCCUACUGUGCUGAUGGCUGACUUUUCCUGAAUGUGCCAACAAUUGGGGUGCCUUCUCCCAGAGGUAUCUGCUGCCUGGGACUUGCUCCUGAUAAAUCAGUAACAGGUCUGCCACUUAUGGGGACUUAUUUAUAAUUUUUUUAACUAUAGUCACUCAAUCAGAGAAGCUCCAGGCGUACAACGUAUCCAUGGAGUUGUGCAGAUAAUCCCAAAUUUUUAUUAGUGGUUGAAAUGUGAAGAACUAAAGAGACCUCUACUCUGAAUGAGACUGAAUAUCACUGCAUAGUGAAAGACCAGGGAACGACUUUUGUGUGCAUGAAGGGUUUUUGCAUGGUGCAUUUAAUAAUGUACAUCAAUGGUGCAUGUUGAGAACCCAUUUGGAGUCUUUUUAAACUCUAAUAUCUUUGAAUUGUUGUUCUUUAAGAUUAAUUUGUACCAAUGUAUUUUAUAAUGAAAGUAAUGUUUCAUUUCUACAAUGGGUCACCAAACUAAUUAUUAAGCUGGUUGUUGUGAAUGUGUUUUAUCCCGGUGUUUCUUGCACUGUAAGUGAGUGUUUUUACCUGUUUUUUUUCCAUAGUGUUUGUACAACUUGUUGGCCAUGAGUUAAAUAUUUGCAAUAAAAUCCCAACAUUUGGGAGAAAAGA